AUGAAGCAGGAGGCGAAGGAGGAGGCCGCACUUAUGGUCGAUGAUGAUGGCCCGGAACUGCGGUAUGCUGAUGUUGUUAAGGUUGGGAAGGCCGGUGAGAGGAGUACCACCCCGCUGUUUUUGAGGAGGGAUACACUUAUCAAUUUGUCGCAGCAGCCGUUCUUUGAGAGGUUUGUUGUCGGGUUGUUUGCGAGGAUCAGGGUCGAUGGGAGUCGGUAUGCGGAAGAUGGUGGGUCUUACCUGCUGUGUAGAAUUGUUGCCGUUGAGAAGAGCAAGGUCUACGAUCUUAUGAGCGACAUUAGGACGAACUAUGUGCUUAUAUUGCAGAUUGGAAAGCAGAAGCGCCCGAUUCGCAUCAACAUGACGUCGGGCUCGCAUCCGUCCGAGCGGGAAUUUGAGGUAUAUCGUUCGCGUGCCUUGGAUGCAGGCGUUGACAUGCCGAGAAGAGAGGAAGUGCUCAAGCUCUUCAAGAAGACCAACGAGCUGUUCCUUGAUCAGAAAGUCACUGCCACGGAUGAAGAGAAUAAGAAGCAUAUUGCGAACAUGGAAAUUUUGUAUCCUUCGCGUGUCAACUGGACCCAAAAGAGAACGGAGGCACGGACAGGCUUAGACAUCAAGCGUCAGGAAUUAAAUUCUAGUCGUCGGAAGGGUGCGACAGAGUUGGAGCACAAGUUGGAGAGCGAGGUUGUAGAGCUGGAGAAACGCCUCCGUGAGAUUGAGGCGAAUGAGGAAAAGUAUGGAAUGUCCCAGGUGAAAAGCGAGGACGUCUUUCACGGAUUGGCAAUCCGAAACAUGGCUCUCAAUAAGGCCAAUGAACAAUUGAUGGCAAGACAGCGCCAUUUGGAGGAUGAAAGUGGGGGCAUUGACCCAUUUGCGAGAUUUGAUACAACAGGGCAGUCGUAUUACUCAAUCGCAAAGAAGGGAGAGUCAGGGAACGGCAAGCCACCAGAAAAGAAAAAGAGAAAGCUUUCGCAAUCUGACUGGCGUUCAUGCUUGAAGAGCUGGCGCCCGGAUGACAAGAAGAGGAAAAUCAGUGAAAACCCCCUAAAUCCGCUUUAUGCAGGAGAAAUCCUUCAAGACGGUAUCUUUGAAAAGGGAAGUUCUGAUGGGUCUAGUCAAAAGGACAUCCGUUUGCGACCGCCAAGAGUUGAUAGCGUUUACGCUGGUCUUGUUCGAAACAAAGUCAGACUGCCUCCCAAUGCAAAAGUCAUGAGUUAUGAUGAAUGGUCAAAGAUGCGUGGGAUGUAGCUGGUCUGGCCUCUCUCAAGGAGAUUGAGGUGCUGCGGUUCCCGUCCGGAACUGGUGGGACUCUGCGACAGUGCUGAGUUAGACAUUUUGUCACAUUUCCAGCCGUGGGCGUACAAGAUGGAGUGCAUAUCUACCCUGAACAUGACAGCGAGGUCCGAGACCAGAGCCGAGCAUGACCCUGUCAUGGCGCUUCGUUUAAAUGUGUUUUUCUGCAGUUCAAAUCAUGUCUGCUCAGCUGCGCGUCAAAUGAACUGGACGCAGCGACGAUAGUUCCGGAUCAGUACAGUACAUCAAUUGUUUGAAUGUCAUCUGCACGAGAUAAACAGUCAAAGGGGAACCUCGA